AUGAAAGAUGCAAGUAAACUUUUAUCAACAAAAAGAUAAAAAUUUAGCAGAACGAUUAUCAAUGAAAAGUUCUAUUUGUAAAUUUCUAAUGAGUUAGAAAAUGAACUUGUAAACAAUGAAAAUGAAAACUCAAACCACCCUGAAUUUUUUGAGUAUCCAUUUUAAAUUGAAGUUUUAGAAAAAGAGGAUGGAAGAGUAAAAUUUAGAUCUUUAGAAUAAUUGGUGAAGCUUAUAAAGUACUUUAGGUUAGAAUCAAAUGUUUCAUAGGAUCUUAUAAGAAACUAUCUUGGAUUAAAAGAAAUGAAACCUGUUAAUUUCGUGAAACAUGAUAAUUUAUUUAAAUCAUUAGAUCUCAUAAUUUUAUAUACUACUAAGUUAGUAGAUAAAUUCUUUUCUAAUUACUAUGCGGAUGAUUAUAAAGAAAUUUUGUUAAAAGAAUACAAAUUCAAUAAAAUUAAAAGAUAUUUUCAUAAAUCUAUAUUUUAAAUAUAAUUUUUACCUUGUGAUUUCUAUGAAGUUGAGCAAAAUUUGAUAUAAUCAAAAACAGAUUUGAUAACAGAUAAGUAAAAGCAAGAUUUUUAGAUUUGGAAGCAAUUUUUGAAGGUAAAAGGAACAAGAGAUAUCAAUGUUUUCUUAGAAAAGUUUAAUUUGAAAGAAGAAACAUAUACUGAAGCAGCAUAAAUUUAAGAAUUUAUUAAUAAAACUACUAAUAAUUAUUAUAUAGAUAAUAAUAAAACUUGUCCUAAACCACUAAAAGGAAAACCUUAAAGAAUUAUUGUUGAAAUGAGAGACAUAGAUGGAAAGAUGAGAUUGGCAACUAAAGAUUCAUAUUACAAACAUUUAAAUUAUUUGUUUAAGAAUAGUUAUUCAAAUAAUAAUUUAAAUAACAUGAUAAUAUAGUGUUACAAGAAUAAAAUUAUUACUCUCUAACCUUUGCUCUGCUUCUACAUAGAUAUAAAAGAUUUGUGUUAAAACAUAAGCUACAAGUUGAUAAAAGACCUAAAGCUAUAUAAAAUUGAGUAAUAUCUUUAGAACAGAAAAGUUUAUCACUUUGACAUCAAAAAUAAUAAAAAAGUUCCUCUAAAUGUUAAUAAAGGUAUUUUCAUUGGUGAAGUAUUUACCCCUUAUGUCGUAAAUAAGGUAUGCAAUUAAUUAAAGCAAAUUAUAUACAAUUCAUUUGUCAAGACCCUGAAAAAGCAAAAAAUCUUAUUACACAAUUUAGAAAUUUAUAAAUUUUAAGAUGACUACUUAAUAAAAGUAUUUGAUUCAGAGUAAGCUUUAUACACAUCCAAGAAGUUUGUUAAUUAUCUUUAAAAGUUUGAAGAUCCUUCUUUAUCAGAAUAGAUCCUUUAAGAUAUCAAAUUUGAAUUAUCGAAGGUUGGCUUUGAAUAUAAUGAGUAAAAAGUAAGGGUCAUUUAUUAAAGGUAGAAUAUUAGAAAGUUAUGGUCACUUAAUGGUGAAGGAAAAUUGACUGACUGCGAUAAUUUCUAAAUGUUUAAAUAAAAUAUGCUAUAGCAUGAUGAAAUAUAAGAAAAUGUAACAGAAUAUAAGGAAUUUAUAAAUGGUCUAAUAAAAAAAUAUACAGAAAAUUAAGAUUUUUUAUCAUCCUAUUCUGAAUUGGAACUCUUUGCUAUUUAAAAAAUGAUCCAAAGAACUCUUAAAUUUUUUGAUGAAGAGGAUAUCUUAAAUUUAAUAAAAAGUAAUAUUCUCAGCAGAUUAAAUCUAAAAAAAUAGCAGGCUAAUUAUAUUAGUUAUAAUUAAUAUUGA